AAGUUUUGCGCUGCCAACUAAGACGGAUAUCCACCUACCCACAGCGAUAACCACCAUAAACCAAACCGACGCCCAACUCGCCUUCUUCUCCGCAUUCUUGACGCUUCAGGUUUUGCCGACAACAACCCAACCAUCCCCGACGUUCUUUUUCACCCUACAUCUCCCUCGACCUGUUUGCCCCCCCAGCUGCCCGUCCUCCGCCGCUGGUUGCGAUCGCGCUCAACCUCGCACCACUCUCUGAAUAUCCGCCGGGCUUGCCAUUGUCCUGGAAGCGCCGUGGGGAUCAACGAAGGACCAGGCAGUCACGGAUGCUCAAGGCUUGGCGGUGACGCCAACGUCAGUCGGCCGUUGUUCGAAUACUCACGUAGAGUACUUGCUCGAGAGACGACGGAAUCUCUCCAGACAAAGCGCCCGUCUUCAUGAUAAUAAUGCCAGAUUACCGUCCCGGGAUGAACGGCAUUAUCAUCGGUCUGUUAUCGUCCUUCGGGUCGGCGAUACUGAUCGGUUGCUUCUUCCUCAUCUUCUACUUCUUCCGCUACACAACAUCAGGGCGCAUCUUCCUCGACCGCAUUGGUCGACCCGGCGAAUACGAUGACGAGCAACAGUUCUUGCGGGAGGAGGCUGAGGCCCUCGAAACGAUGGAUGAUAUGCAGCGGACGGAAUACUUGAGGGCAAAAGCUUUUAUCGCUGCCAACCCACCCGAGUCCUUGCAGACGGACAUUUCGCUUUCCCAAUAUCUUGCCAUACAGGAGAAGGGAGUGUCGGCCUGGGAGUUUGAGCCGGAGCUGGAAAUCGCAAACUGCUUUGUCGAGGCCCGCACUGAGAUUGAGUUCUUCGAUUCCGAAUGCACUGUCAUGAGCAACCUGCCGGUACCGAAACAGAAUGAGGUUUACUACUGGGAGGCCAAGAUUUACGAUAAGCCGGACAACACGUUGAUUAGCAUAGGAAUGGCUACCAAACCCUAUCCUCUGUUCAGGCUUCCUGGCUUUCACAAAUACUCUGUCGCGUACCUAUCUAACGGAACCCGUCGUUACAACCAACCUUUCAACGCUACUUCUUACGGUCCCCAAGUUGUUCAAGGCGAUGUUAUUGGCGUCGGCUACCGCCCGCGAAGUGGCACGAUUUUCUUCACUCGAAACGGAAAGAAGUUGGAGGAUGUGGUACACGGCCUAAAGUCGCAAAACUUCUUCCCCUCGAUCGGCGCGAACGGACCCUGCAUCGUCCAUGUCAACUUUGGUCAGGCUGGCUUUGUUUUCAUCGAAGCCAACGUUAAGAAGUGGGGUCUCGCUCCCAUGACCGGCUCGCUCGCACCGCCACCGCCAUAUGGUUCCGAGCAAGGCAGCAUUCUCCUCGAGGCCGGCACCAAGGAUGGAUUUACCAGCACGGUUGGGCGUGGGCGCGGGUAUAGCCAUCCCGUGCAGACAUAUUCUAGACAAGGACUGGCCCCAGUCGACUCUUCUCAUAACCGCACACGAUCAGGCAACUUUCGAAUGUUCCCACCGACGAGCCCAGGACCCGUUCGCAGCCCGACAGAUAUCUCGCUUGCUCAUUUGGUACCCACGGAGGAUGCAGGCGAACCUAGCAGUAGUGCUGCAGCGUUGGUCAACCAAGAUGGGCAGCCCAUAACCGGUGGAUUCCUCAGUCCGGAUCAGCCACCUCCCGAGUAUACCAGCCCUGCCAACUCUCGACCGGGAAGCAGGAGGAACAGCUCUGAUAGCGAAAACACUCCUCUCAUCCAACUCAGCGGCAGGAGUCGCGGUGCCUCGUCGGCCACAACAAGGCCGAUUCAGACCGGUGGAAGCAACAACAGGCCACGGGCAGGUUCUCAUAGGCCGUCGAGCCCUCCGAUUCCGAGCUAUCAGGAUGCGGUUCGACAAGGCGCUGGACGUGAUAGGAGUGACAGCACAAGAAGUGCGAGGGACUCGAGCUAAAGGGCUGAAAAUCGGGAUGGGAGGAAAACUCACAAUGCGCGCUGGUGCCGCAGCAAAUCAUCGUCAAGGCACAGGUGCCCAUUAUCAUGAGGAUCCCUUGGACAGGGACAAGGACAGGGAUUGAGGAAGUGACAUAUCCUGGAACUGGGAACCGGAAAAGCAUACCGCUCAUCAUUACAGACAAGACAAGACACACACUCAGGCAGGGGAAACUAGCGCCGGCAAAGGAAGUUGGCUCUCACCUGUAUCAUCGGU